UUAUUGUAAGGACCGAUCAGUCUGGUCAUGACCGCUGCUUAUUCAAAAAGUGUACUUUAAUUCCUUAAAAAAUAAGGAGCGAUUUGGAGCACCGUGGGAUGACUUUCUAAAGUUAACACAGAAUACAACAUAAUGACUGGAUUUAUUAACCGAAGAUCAAUAUGCGGGGAUAUUUCAGGACAGGAGAGGAGAAAGUAUUUGACAGUUCGUCCUUACAUUCGACUGUUGGAAACAGCAUGCCCCGAUUGGCUACCUUUCAACUUCGAUUCCAAAGACCAAACACGUGAACUCUCUGGGGUUGGACUUUAUGCCAUUGGAUACAACACACGCUGGAACCCCAAGAUCCGCUAUUAUUUGACCAAGUUGAGCAGCAGAGGCUCAAAGCUGGUUGAAUCCUUUGUUACUGCAGGUGGUAAGGGCCACAAGGUAAUUGAGAUGAAAGUCGAGUCUAGAAAAUGGAGAAAGGUGUUCUACAAGUAUGUGGACAUGACAGUAAGUGAGGUGGAAAGCCUCCAGCUCCUCCAGCGAGUGAAAUGGAUGCCAUUGCGCAGAUGUACUUCUGAAGAUGUCCUUUCUCGCAUCACAGAGGAAAGUGGCCUUUUGGCAUUAGGCUACAGUGAACUGAACAUUGAGGUAAAUAUGGAUGUGUCAGACUUAGAUGGCAUUGAUGACUGGGCCGAUGAAUCAUCUGAGGACCAGGCUGUCUCCCCAGAGUCAGACACUGAGCGAGACAGUGAGCUCAGUGGAGUAAGUCAAGUCAAAUAUUGCUACAUAGAAGCUGUGGCAACUGGUAUUCGGGAGCAGCUCAUGAAACUACUCCAACGUCCAGUGAAUAUAAUUGAUGAUCAACAUUCCUGUGCAGAUAUCCAUCAUUUCAUCUGGCAUCCAUCUUCAAUGGACCAGAGUAAACUUUACUGUAAGUGGUACCCAGUAAAGUCUGAUGUCCUCAAACAUGGUUGCAUUCAGGAAUGUGUGGAGUCAGCCCUGGGCUACAAACUCAAGUAUAAGAAACCUGGGACUUGCAAGAUAAGAUAGGCCAACUGAAAAAAAAAUGGCCAAUUGCCUGACCAACAGUUUAAUUCAAAGCCAAGGAUUGUGCUAUCAUUUUCUAUGUUGCCCCUUAAGAAAUUGAGUUACUUUUAGAUUAUCCCGUGACUGCAAAUGUUUUGAAUAUAAUGAACAGGCACUAUCGCAAAUACAGGUAGCUAUGACUUGAUAAUUGAUGAUUUUUACUGUAUUAUUAAUACCCAUACCUUUUAAAUAACAAAAUAUCAUUUGAACAAGAACAAGUACAAAAGUCAAAUGAAUUAAAAUGAGCAGCAGUUCGUUUUUCAUAAAGUGAUCUAUGAUAUUUUGAAAAGUUUGUUUGCAUUAUACCAGUAGCUAAAGUAAUAUUAAUUGUAA